UGGCUGCGCCCUUGCAGAAGUGCUGAAGAAGUGCCUCUCUGGAGAAAUUCUCGGGAUUGUUUGUGAUUUCCGUGAAAACUAUCUAACCGAAUCAGCUCCUAGGGUCGCUGGUUUGUAGAAGGAGACCAAACGACCCCAGUCAUCGAUAAGUGCGGCCGGUGCUUCGUGUGGCUGUGGCAGACUGUCCGUGUGAAGAUGGGCCUCGUCUCCAGCCCCUUCCCAUAGCGAAGAGCCGUGGGGAGAGGAGCCGCAGAUUCCCCUGCAAACACGCACCCGUCCAACUCGGAUUUGACGGGUUUGACAUACUGUACAGGCUGUGGACGCUGCCCUACAAUUUUCUGACCAGGAUUGUUUGUGCGACCGUGUCUGUCAUCGUCCGGAGGCGGAGAGGUUCCCCAGCCCGGGUAGAUAAUCCCACAGCACCGAGGGCCCUGAUGAAAAUGGACUCAGACUUGCUUCAUUCACCGGCCAUGGGCCUCGCUGAGGAAGAGGAGGCCGACAUGAAUGACUGGAAGCUCCCCCUGGCCUUCAUGAAGAAACGCCACUCAGAGAAGAUUGAGGGUUCCAAGGCUUUAGCGCAGAGCUGGAGGAUGAAAGACAGGAUGAAGACUGUGAGUGUAGCGCUGGUGUUGUGUCUCAACGUGGGAGUGGACCCUCCUGAUGUGGUCAAGACCUCCCCCUGCGCCAGACUGGAGUGUUGGAUAGAUCCUCUGUCGAUGAGUCCACAGAAGGCCCUGGAGACCAUCGGGGCCAACCUGCAGAAGCAAUAUGAAAACUGGCAACCCAGGGCGCGUUACAAGCAGAGUCUGGACCCCACGGUGGACGAGGUGAAGAAGCUGUGCACGUCGCUGAGACGUAACGCCAAGGAGGAGCGAGUCCUCUUCCACUACAACGGUCACGGGGUGCCACGACCCACGGUCAACGGGGAGAUCUGGGUCUUUAAUAAGAACUACACGCAGUACAUACCGCUGUCCAUCUACGACCUGCAGACAUGGAUGGGGAGCCCCUCCAUUUUCGUCUACGACUGCUCCAACGCGGGGAUCAUCGUCAAGUCCUUUAAACAGUUCGCCCUGCAGAGAGAGCAGGAGCUGGAGGUGGCAGCCAUCAAUCCCAGCCACCCACUGGCCCAGAUGCCCCUGCCACCCUCCAUGAAGAACUGCAUCCAGCUGGCAGCCUGCGAGGCCAGCGAGCUGCUGCCCAUGAACCCCGACCUCCCCGCUGACCUCUUCACUUCCUGCCUCACCACACCCAUCAAGAUUGCUCUCCGAUGGUUUUGUAUGCAGAAGAGUGCCAAGUUGGUGCCAGGGGUGACGUUAGACCUCAUUGAGAAGAUCCCUGGCAGGCUCAACGACAGACGCACUCCCCUCGGAGAGCUCAACUGGAUCUUCACGGCCAUCACCGACACGAUCGCCUGGAAUGUGCUGCCUAGAGAUCUGUUCCAGAAGUUGUUUCGUCAGGAUCUGCUGGUGGCCAGCUUGUUCCGCAAUUUCCUGUUAGCAGAGAGGAUAAUGAGGUCAUACAACUGUACGCCUGUCAGCAGUCCCCGCCUGCCCCCUACAUACAUGCACGCCAUGUGGCAAGCAUGGGACCUGGCCGUGGACAUCUGCCUCUCUCAGCUGCCUACCAUCAUCGAGGAGGGCACCGCCUUCAGACACAGUCCUUUCUUUGCGGAGCAGCUGACGGCGUUUCAAGUGUGGUUGACGAUGGGUGUGGAGAACAGAAACCCUCCUGAGCAGCUCCCAAUUGUACUGCAGGUUCUCCUUAGUCAGGUGCAUCGGCUGCGGGCUCUAGACCUGCUCGGACGGUUUCUGGACCUGGGACCCUGGGCUGUCAGUCUGGCCCUGUCUGUAGGGAUCUUCCCCUACGUGUUAAAGCUGCUUCAGAGCUCAGCCAGAGAGUUGCGGCCAUUGCUGGUUUUCAUCUGGGCUAAAAUCCUGGCUGUGGACAGUUCAUGUCAAGCUGACCUCGUGAAAGACAACGGACACAAGUACUUCCUGUCGGUGUUGGCCGACAAUUACAUGCCCGCUGAGCAUCGAACAAUGGCUGUCUUCAUAUUGGCUGUUAUUGUCAACAGCUACAACACAGGACAGGAGGCUUGUCUGCAGGGCAACCUAAUAGCCAACUGCCUGGAGCAGCUGUCAGACCCCCAUCCCUUGCUCCGCCAAUGGGUGGCUAUUUGUCUGGGUCGCAUCUGGCAGAACUUUGACCCGGCGCGCUGGUGUGGAGUCCGAGACAGCGCCCACGAGAAGCUCUACACCCUGCUGUCGGAUCCAAUCCCUGAGGUGAGGUGUGCAGCUGUCUUCGCUCUGGGGACUUUUGUGGGAAACUCUGCAGAGAGGACAGACCACUCAACCACCAUUGAUCAUAACGUGGCCAUGAUGCUGGCCCAGCUCAUCAAUGAUGGGAGCCCUGUGGUCCGCAAGGAGCUGGUGGUAGCACUGAGUCACCUGGUUGUCCAAUAUGAAAGCAACUUCUGUACAGUUGCACUCCAGUUUAUAGAAGAAGAGAAGAACUACACAGUCCCAUCACCAGCCAACACUGCAGAGCCCGGUAACCUGACUCCAGUGAGGGACAGCCCGGCUAUCCCACGCCUGCGAUCGGUCAACUCUUACACCAACAUCCGAGCCGCUACCACUGCCCGCAACCUGAACAAGAGCCUGCAGAACCUCAACCUCAAUGAAGAAGGUGGACCAGCAGCCUUCUCUCCUGGUAACCUGAGCACCAGCAGCAGCGCCAGCAGCACCCUGGGGAGCCCCGACAACGACGAGUACAUCCUGUCCUUUGAGACCAUCGACAAAAUGCGACGAGUGUCCUCGUAUUCUUCUCUCAACUCCCUCAUAGGUGUGUCCUUCAACAGUGUUUACACCCAGAUCUGGAGAGUCCUGCUACAUCUGGCUGCAGACCCAUUUCCUGAGGUGUCAGAUCUGGCCAUGAAAGUCCUCAACAGCAUAGCAUACAAGGCGACAAUGAACGCUCGGCCUCAGAGGAUCCUGGACUCUGGAUCUCUCACCCAGUCGGCUCCAGCCAGCCCCACCAGCAAGGGCACGCACAUUCACCAGGCUGGUGGGUCUCCACCCAUGCCCAGCACCAGCAGCUCCAGUUUGACCAAUGAGGUGCCCAAACCCCCCAACAGAGAGCAGCCAGCCACACGGCCACCCUACACCCCAACACUGGGAGGACAAGCACCCCACUCCCACCAAUUCCCCCGCACCCGCAAGAUGUUCGACAAGGGACCAGAGCAGGCAGCUGAGGAUGGUGACGAACCGGGUGGUCACAGGAACUACAUCAGUCCCGCCCUCCAGACCGGCCUGUGUGAUUGGAGUGCAAAGUAUUUUGCUCAGCCUGUUAUGAAGAUCCCAGAGGAGCAUGACCUGGAGAGUCAGGUGAGGAUGGAGCGGCAGUGGAGGUUCCUCAGAAAUGCUCGUGUGAGAAGGCAGAGCCGGAGUAUCACACAAAGAGGUGUUUCCCGUCUGGAUGAUCAGAUAUUCAUCAACCGCAACCCUGGAGUACCGUCUGUUGUGAAGUUCCACCCCUUCAACACCUGCAUUGCCGUGGCCGACAAGGACAGCAUCUGUUUCUGGGACUGGGAGAAGGGCGAGAGGCUGGACUACUUCUACAACGGAAACCCUCGAUACACUCGCAUCACGGCCAUGGAGUACCUGAACGGACAUGACUGUUCCUUACUGCUCACUGCAACAGAUGAUGGAGCGAUACGCAUCUGGAAGAACUUCGCUGACCAGAAGAACCCAGAGAUGGUGACAGCCUGGCAGGGUCUUUCGGACAUGCUGCCCACUACCCGAGGUCAGCCCUCUGCCAGCAUUCACAGUCUGGCCAGAAGGGUCUCCAUCUAUCUUGACAGGAGUAAGCAAGGAGGUGCAGGUAUGGUUGUGGACUGGGAGCAGGAGACAGGUCUCCUCAUGACGUCUGGAGAUGUCCGAGUGAUCAGGAUCUGGGACACUGACAGGGAGAUGAAGGUCCAGGACAUCCCAACAGGUGCAGACAGCUGUGUGACCAGUUUGUCCUGUGACUCUCAGCGUUCGCUCAUCGUUGCCGGUCUGGGUGACGGAUCCGUACGCGUCUUCGACAGGAGGAUGGGUCCAAAUGAAUGUCGGGUGAUGACUUACAGGGAGCACGGGGCCUGGGUGGUCAAAGCUCAUCUACAGAAGGAGACAGAUGGACACAUUAUCAGUGUCAGUGUUAACGGAGACAUUCGAUUCUUUGAGCCACGGACACCAGACUCUGUCAACGUGCUGCAGACGGUGAAGGGGAUAACAGCUCUGGACAUCCACCCACAGGCUAAUCUGUUCGCCUGUGGAUCGAUGAACCAGUUCAUAGCGGUCUACAACGCUAAUGGCGACGUGAUCAGCAACAUAAAGUAUUAUGACGGCUUCAUGGGACAAAGGAUCGGGGCCAUCAGCUGUUUAGCCUUCCAUCCUAACUGGCCCCAUUUGGCAGUAGGCAGUAAUGACUACUACAUGUCCAUCUACUCAGCAGAGAAGAGACUUAGAUAACACACCAGCAUUCAUCACCCUCCCCACCCCACCACCCCCUCUCCCUCUCCCUCCCCACCUAAACCACCACAUAUGACUUCUGACCCUGAGCCUUGUGCUCUGGGAUGUAAAUGACUUUUUUGUUGUACAUAUGCAAUUACCACCCUGAAUGUUCUAGUGAUGGCUGCUGAAAAAAACUGCUACGAACGACUAUAUAUUAUUAUUAUUAUUAUUAUUAUUAUUACUAUCCUCAUUGUUUAAUCAUAUUCUUAUUAUGAAGCUAAUGAUUGUAGACUUGGCUGUGCAGAGGAGUGUGUAUAUUUAAAUAGCGUAUACAGAAGAAGAGAGGUUCUAUUUUAAAGAAGCGGUACCCACAGAUCACCAGGGCUCCUCCUUGUCGCACAGUGAGCAUCACUACCUGAAUGAACUGUGACCCAAAGCAGAUAUGGUGGGGGAGGGGCCUCCAGGAGGACAACACACACUGUUAAAACACAUUCACUGAUGCGGGCAACACGGACUCGCCCUCUGCCGGACCCUGGUGUGUUUAUAAAUUUAUUUUAACAGCCGACUCUCAGCCAAAGGACACAGAGUGUCUCUACUUUGCUGCACCGCCGGCGAGACAUUUGUAAGGACGCACCCAGAGACGUUAGACUGUGCUCAUUCUUGCCUGGCACGUCAACCAGGCACACGUGAUGAGUGUGUGUUUGUGCGUGUGUGUGUUAAAAUGGAUUAUAGCACAGAUGUGCCCCACAGUGGGUCCUCAUAGCCUUGGACUUGAUGCCCAAAAGAGACACUUGCUCCCACGCUUAGAACUCUCUGUCUUGCUUCCUUGACCCCAGCGUGCCAAACAUCUUAUUUUCCAUGCAAGCCCUGUUGUUGUGGCUCAGAGGGUUGUUUUUGUUGGUUUAUUUGUUUUUUUUUUUAAUUAUCGCCUGUAAUAAGGGAAAACCUCCAUUGCCUCUAGUAUGACACCUACCCUUAUAACUAGCACGGUGAGAGGAGAUCUAGAUUGAUAAAAACAAAGCCCCCGGUCCUACAGGGAGCCUGCAGUACCUGCCUGCCCUGCAAAGCAAUAAAACCUCCGACCUGAUUCAGCCUCAAGCUCUUCACCUGACAUUGCUGGUAGAAAUGUCAGCUAUCAGCCUCGGUUUGACGGCGACAGCAGCAUAGUCUGCCAUCGAUAGCUUAAGAUGGUCAAAACUGGCCAGAGCCCUGACCUGCAGUGCCCCAAGGUGUCACACAAUAGCAACACAUACACACCCAUUUCCAUUCACAGCAGUGUAAUUCUCCUGAGUUUCUUUUUUACGUACCUGGUGUAUGUCAUGGGUGUAUUUUAACCCCAUCGGCUCCACACAUCAGUGACAGGAAAGAUAUCAAUUAAAUUGAUUUUCCUGUGACUGUCUAAACCUUCUGCUGAUCACUACGUUCCAAAUCUGUCAGAAGGCAGUAAAAGAAGCUCAAAGCUAAAAUACUUUUUUAUUUUUACCUACAUGAGACCAGCACCCUGGUCCCAAAAACCCAUCUUUUCUUUAUUUUGUCUCGUGUGUUGCUCAAUUUUUUUUUUCUGCCUUCUAGAAAAUAUAACUAGAAGUUGACCCUGGCUGCUUGUCUAACCACAUUAAAGGGCAACGUUCUUAUUUUAAGCCAAGACACCCUCAGAUCACGCAGCGCUGUAGAUUAAGAGAACUUCUAGGUCACGUGACUCGUCACACCGAGAAUCACCUGCCGCCCCACGGUCUGGACUGUUUUUCAUUUGGAGGAAACCUCCUGUGAGGUUUCUUUUUUCCUCCUCUUUGAGUUUUUAUUUUGAUUUCAUUGCCAGACUUGUUUGGUUUGGAUUUUCUUGUGUGUUGCAUGUUGAGGGAGGUGGCGUCACAGCUGUACCUGCAGGUGUCUGCAGCAUGAUGGAUAGGUGAGGUUGGUCACAUGACCUGGUGCAGUGCCACCUUCAGUGACAUAAAUGUCAUGUGUGGUGCUGUUUGGAUCCCUCUCUUAUUUUUUCUUUUUUCUUUUUUCUUUUUUUGUUUUUUGCGCAGUGUCACUGUCGACGUGCCUCUUCUCCGAGGCUGCAGCUUUGCAUAUUUAGCUUUUUAAAUCCUUUUUCUGUUUUGUAAUUUUAUGUUUUUAAUUCUGCUGGCAUUUUCUUUGCCUUGGCCUCAGUAAGGUGGCAGGAAAAAAAGAGUGGGGACAGCCUUACCUUCACUCAUACACCCACACUCACUGCUCUUAAGUCUUUCCUGCCAUGCCCCUUUCCAUCGCCAACGUACCCCCGACAGAUGCCCCCCCCCUCCUUUCUUUCCUGCCACGGCCGCCUCACCCCUCUGAACCAGACGUCCCGAGCUUUGCUUUUCCCCACAGAAGGAGUGGACUUGUGGACUCAAUGUGAACUGGGAACACACACCAUACAGUCUGUACAAGCGGCUGCAGUUGUAGUCACCACAUUAGUCCCCAACCAUCACUCCAGCUCAGCUGCUUCACUGGCUCGGCCAAAAUAUGAGCAUUUUGGUGUCAGGCCUUUCCUCAGACUUACAUUCAUCUCUAAGUAUCCUGCUUUGAGUUUUAAGAUUUUAGAUCUGGAGAAAAAGAAGACUUUAACAAAGUAGUAAGAAAGGAAAAAUGAAAACAAUCAGGUUUGUCUCUGUGACUUUAGACUGCUUUGCUGACUGUGGUUUAUAAGACAGGACAUGAAAUCAGUGAAAUAAACCAAAUACAACACCGGAUCUUGUCUGGGUCAGGCAUGUGCUUUUCAGUCAGCGUUCCUUUAUUUUGUGUGAAUUUAUCCAUCAAUACUGAACUGUAGAACCUUCAUAUUGGUCAGUUUAGCAGUUGAGAUUUAUUUGGAGUUUUUACGGCUAACUAACUUUAAAAAA